UAACGAGCGCACCCCUCUUCGCCGGGCGGGACUUCCUUUCUCCUGCGGAUGCGAUACUGAGUAGGCAGAAAGGGCUUGGUCGAGUUGUCACUGGUGUAUCUGUACGGCACCGGAGCAGCAGAGAACCGGCCUGAAGACGCCGCUGCCACCGCCGCUGAAGCCCCGUAGAUGAGCCUCCUCCCCGGCUAUGCUGCCCUGAGAGAGCCGCCAGUAUCCGCCCCGCCAACAUGUCUGAUGUCAACAAGACUAUUCAGAAAUGGCACGCCAGUUUUAGGAAAGGCACAGACUUUGACUCCUGGGGACAAUUAGUGGAGGCUAUAGAUGAGUACCAAAUUUUAGCGAGACAACUGCAAAAAGAGGUCCAGUCAACAAAUUCAUCAGACUUCACAGAGGAGCAGAAGAAAACUUUGGGAAAAAUUGCAUCAUGUCUGGAAAUGAGAAGUGGCAGUCUGCAGUGCACACAGUCCAAGGAGGACUUCAAGUUAGAAGAGCUGAAGAAACUGGAAACCAUCAUUCAAAAUAUUCUGACGUACAACAAAGUAUUUCCCUUUGACGUGCAGCCAGUGCCCUUAAGGAGAAUCCUUGCUCCAGGUGAGGAGGAGCACCUGGAGCUGGAGGAGGAGGAGGAUGCUGCCGCAGGAGCAGGGAGCACCGAGGCUUUCCCCCCCCGAGCCCCCGCUUCGCAAGGUACCUUGUUGCCACGGUUACCAUCAGAGCAUGGGAUGAGACUACUAACACUAAAGAUUGAAAAAAUUGGGUUGAAGGACGCCGGGCAGUGCAUCGACCCGUACAUGACCGUCAGUCUCAAAGAUUUGAACGGCUUAGAUGUAUACCCAGUGCAGGACACACCUGUGGCCUCCAGGAAGGAAGAUACCUACAUCCACUUCAGUGUGGACGUGGAGAUCCAGAGACACGUGGAGAAAAUACCAAAAGGAGCAGCUAUCUUCUUUGAAUUCAAGCACUACAAACCUAAAAAGGGUUUCACCAGCACUAAGUGUUUUGCCUUCAUGGAAAUGGACGAGAUCAAACCCGGCCCCAUCGUCAUCGAACUGUACAAGAAGCCCACGGACUUCAAGAGGAAGAAACUGCAGCUCCUUACAAAGAAACAACUCUAUCUCCAUCUCCACCAGACGUUACACAAGGACAGCUAAGUCUUGGCGUCCUGAACUUUAAACCAACUUCUUUGAAAUCAUUCUCUCACACACACAUCAAUGUGGAAGUUCACCUCAUCUCACCCAGCAAUACUAAACCAAGCUUGUAUUCAUGUGUUUUUUCAAGAGUAUAUGGAGAAAGUAAAGGGAGACAAACACAUCAGCUCCGACUUGUGUAUUCUUUGAUUUUGUCGUUGAGUACCAUGGGAUAUAAGAGCUAUUGUAGAUUUUCGUUCAAAUGGAGCCAGGUGAGAGGGGUAACAUUCAGGUGAGAGGGGUAAUAUUCAGGGUAAGACUCAGAAUGUCAUAGGUAGAAGUGGUACAUUUAUGAAAAGAAUACACAUUUACGAGGGAAAAGCUUGAAUAUUCUCUGUCAUCGUAACCAUUUUUUUUAAUCGAGUGGCUACCACAUUGUUUCACUUUGCAAGGAUGGAUCAGCUGUCCACGACAAAACCCAUUCAAUUCACAUACAGUAUUUUCUUGGUAACUUAAUUUUUUAUUAUAACCCACCGAUACUUGUUCUGUAGAGAUUUUAUUUGAAACCUACAAUGGUGCUAAUAAGCUAAUAUAGUCAUUUCUGUUGCUGGAAACCCCUUCUCCAAUAACUCAAACAUUCUCCGUUUUGUAUCAUUUGGAGAGACAGGGCCUGAUAGGAGAACCAUCUUAUUUCCAGUGUUCCUCGAGUUAUUGCAGGUGCUUCAUUUGAGUCAAUAUUCUAUGUGAAGUCAUGGCAGAGUAUUCAAAGCCACUCCCUGAAUAAACAACAGACAUCAAUGUGUGCUUCACUAAGCCACCAUCAAAUCCUAAAUCCUGUCAUAACACCCAUUGGUUUGUGUUUGCCAUAACUAGAAUACACUUUUACAGUGUUUCAUAAUUCUCAAUUAAAUAUGUGGGUCUACUCAAUGAUUAUAACUAUUGUAAUAAUGACCAACCAAGUCUUAAAUGGUCCUAAUGGCACACUAAAAUGGUUUGUUAAGUCAUAGACGGUGUUGAAUUCAGUGAUAAUGUUGAAUGGUUCAAUUAAAGGUUAGGUAAACAGUACGAUGCACUGAAACACUCUGAACAUUUAGGAGUAAUCACUUUUAAACAGUGUGUUUGGUUUGUCUACAUCACACUAACUCUGCAAUUUGUUUCAGACCAGAAUUCAACUUGGUAGCAAUUAUUCCUUCCAGUGUUCAUGCUUCAGUAUGUUUUGGUUCAAGUAUAUUUAGAUGUGGUUUCAUACUGUUUAAUAAAGGCAUAACGGAUGGAUGCAG